GCCUAACUUGUUUUGUUUGUCAAAUUUUAUUAUAAAAUAAGAAAUGAGUUUUUCUGAUGAUAUUCCUCCCGUUUUACCUGACAUAGAAGAUGAUUUAAAACAAUUUCUUUUAUGUCCUGAAAACCUUCCAAUUCAUCAAUAUGAGAGAAAUCAAGAAUUUUGGCCACGAAAACCUAAUCCGAUAGAACUUCUAGAAUUUGAUGUUUCUCCACCAUGUACAACAUUAAAAGUGCAAAGAGAUCCUAAUACGGGUGAAAUUAUUGGAUUCAAGGAGGUACCUAUUCAGGGUGCUGGGGCUACUGCAAAAAAUUCUAUGUCCUUAAAUAGGACACCGCUUCCUCCUUCGGAAGCAACUAAGGGAAACGCAUUGUUUAUGCCAUUUUUACCUGGUAGUUUUCCUAAUCCUGUGUUAAAUCUACCAAAAGAAGAUAUUUCCAAUACAGAACUCUUAACUGUUCCACCAGGAUUUGAAGAGGGACUGGUUUUUGCUGAAGAUGGAGUUACUGUAGUAACGGAUUCAGAUAUUGCUAUUGGAAAGCAAAUUUUAGAUGAUUCUAAAAAUAUUAUUAAUCUAUUAGAUAUAGUACAGAAAGAACAAUAUUUAUUCGAUUCUUGGGAUAACAGAAAGGAAGAAAAGGAGGAAGAAACAAUCGAGUUUCCUUCUGAGACAUUACCUGAAGAAGAGGAAAUUUUGCCUAAAGAAGAGCUAAUUUUGAAAAUCAGUACAGUUCCACCACAAACUGAGUGGAAGGGAAGUGAAUGGGCUAUAUUGUUAGAUGCCACUAAACCUGUAAAGAAUUUUAAAGAAAGAAUUCCAGAAAUGGCUAUUAAAUUUCCAUUUGAACUGGACAACUUCCAAAAAUUAGCAAUUUUACAACUAGAACAGCACAAUCACAUAUUUGUUGCAGCUCAUACAUCUGCUGGGAAAACUGUGGUGGCAGAAUAUGCUAUAGCGUUAUCACAGAGACACAUGACGAAAACCAUUUAUACUUCUCCUAUUAAAGCACUAUCCAAUCAGAAGUACAGAGAUUUUAAAUCAGUUUUUAAAGAUGUUGGACUUAUAACUGGAGAUUUUCAAAUAAAUCAGACUGCAUCUUGUUUGAUAAUGACUACAGAGAUUUUAAGAUCAAUGUUGUACUGUGGCAGCGACAUUACAAGGGAUUUAGAGUAUGUUAUUUUUGAUGAGGUACAUUAUAUAAACGAUAGAGAACGUGGACAUGUCUGGGAACAAGUCUUAAUCAUGCUACCUGCCCACGUGUGUGUUGUUCUCUUAAGCGCAACAGUUCCAAACACCAUUGAGUUUGCCGACUGGCUUGGUAGGACUCAUCAGAGGAAAGUGUAUGUUGUAACUACAUACAAAAGGCCUGUACCUCUUCAACAUUAUCUGUAUACUGGCACAGGAGGAGGUUCAAGAGACAACAGAUUUAAAAUACUGGAUGCUGAUAAGUGGCUAGUUAGUGGGUAUAUGAAAGCUAAAGAGACUAUCAAACCAAACAACCAGAAGAUUAUGUAUCAAAAGAUGACUCCAGCGCAAGAGAAAAAUCUUUGGUCCGGUCUAAUUGAUCAUUUGAAACGUAACGACUUAUUACCGGUGGUAGCAUUUACUUUCUCUCGGCAAAAAUGUGACAACAAUGCCAACAAUCUAACGAAUUUGGAUUUAACAACUCAGAAAGAAAAGGCACAUAUAACAAUGUUCUUUAAUAAAUGUGUUAGGUGUCUUAAAGAACCUGAUCAGAAUAUUCCGCAGAUACUUAAAAUGGGUGAUAUUUUAACUAGGGGUAUAGGUGUCCAUCACAGUGGAAUUUUGCCUAUUAUAAAAGAAAUUGUGGAAAUGCUCUUUCAGCGAGGUCUAAUAAAGCUCUUGUUUGCCACAGAAACAUUUGCCAUGGGUGUAAAUAUGCCAGCUAGAACUGUUGUCUUUGAUGCUAUAAAAAAACACGAUGGAAAAGAGCUCCGAGAUUUGGCACCAGCAGAGUAUAUUCAAAUGGCUGGAAGGGCCGGUAGAAGAGGCCUUGAUAGUGAAGGAACUGUCAUUAUUUUAUGUAAACAUGCCGUGCCAGCUGAAGAAAAUUUGAAAAAGAUGAUGCUCGGUAAACCUAGUUCUUUAGUAAGCCAGUUUCGGCUCACUUAUGGCAUGGUGUUAAGUUUGCUUCGUGUCGAAAGCCUAACUGUAGAAGGAAUGAUGUCUCGAAGUUUUGGAGAAGCUGAUCAUCAGAAAAAUAUGUCCGAAAUAAAAAAACAAUUGGAACAAGUGGAACAGGAGUUGGAAGAGUUAUCUAGACAACAAAUAAGCAGUUACUUGCAGCCUUUGGUGAAAUUCUACGAAAGAGUCAGUGCUUUCUUACAAAUAAGAAAGGAAGUUAUGAACAGUGUUAUGUCAUCUCCGAAGGUUCAAAAGACAUUAACUCCUGGAAGAAUUUUGGUGGUAACACAUAAAAAUCACAUUAAUAAACUGGCACUCCUAUUGCAAGUUAUUAGUCGAUCUAAGCAGCUCCAAUACAAAGUACUUGUUUUGACCAACUCAGCGGGUACAAAAACUGAAGAAUUGAAAGAUGAUUUAUGGUAUUACAUGUUAGGUGUGGCACAGGACAAGUUAUUUCUACCUAUAGGUACACCGGGGCAUGAAAUGCUUACCGUAUCGCCACAGGACAUAUUUGAAAUAUCUGCCAAAACUUUAAAAAUAAAUACGGAAUACAUUAUUCAAGAUAUAGAAAAAAGACAAAUGGAACGCUUUAAAGAUAACGAACCAGGUCAAACUUGUGUACAAGCUGUGCAGGAAGUUCACAAAUUGACACUACUAGCCAAUAGUACCACCAGUUCCACGAAUAAAUUGGAAUACUUGCAUUAUACCACCGACAUAAAGGUUAACGAUCCAGAGUUAUACAGGAAUAUACUGGAAAUGUAUAGUUUAAAAGAUAAAAUCAUCGAUCAUCUUCCUAGCACACAGAUACCCAAUUUUGAGCAGCAAUUUGCAACUGUUUUUACUAGAAAGUUUCUAGAAGAAAAAAAGAAGAACCUAGAAUUUAAAUUGUCUAAUGCCAGUUUAUUGCUUUACCCUGAUUAUGAAAACAGAAUUGCCUUGUUGAAACAAUUGAACUAUGUUGAUAAUCAAAAUAGGGUGCAACUAAAAGGUCGAGUGGCUUGUGAAAUGGGAAUGAAUGAACUUCUCAUCACAGAAUUAGUAUUAAGAAAUAUUUUGACUAAAUUAAAACCUGCCGAAGUGGCUUCUCUUUUGUCAGCCUUAGUUUUUAAAGUGAAGUCAAGAUUUGAAGUUCUGGAGGACAUUAACCUUACGUAUGAUUUAAAAAAGGGCAUAGCGGAAAUUAAAGAAGUGCACAACGAACUAGCCAAUUUAGAGCUUAGUAUGGGGAUUCAAACAGACGAAUUUCAGGAAGACUUAAAUUUUGGCAUGGUUCACGUUGUCUAUGAAUGGGCUUCGAACAAGCCAUUUGCGGAUAUUAUGCAACUCACCGACAUACAAGAGGGCAUAAUCGUAAGGUGUAUUCAACAACUGAAUGAAACUAUCUGUGAUGUUCGAGAUGCAGCCAGAAUCAUAGGUGAUCCUGAACUGCAAACCAAGAUGGAAGAGGCUUCCACUGCUAUUAAAAGGGACAUAGUUUUUGCUGCCAGUCUAUAUACUCAUGAAGAAAAUCUGUGAGACUAAUUUAAUUUUUUUAAAUUCUUAUUAAAACUGUCAAGUAAU